AGAAAUCAUUCGGCUGCACAGAACUAUGUCAAAUUAAUUGCAAGUGCAAAGCAUUUUUCUCUGAGCGUCGGGUCGCAGUUCGUGACAAUCUUAAAGCCAGAUGGAUUCCUCGCCUUCCAUGGACUCUUUGUCCUUGAGCGACGAUUUCUCUACAGUUGAGCGGAAAAAUAGACUGCGGCUUUCUUUCAACAACCCCGAGAAACAGCGUCAGCCGGUAGAAGUUCGACUCCCUAUAUCAGGCGGUCCAGCGUAUUUUGAGCCAUGGAAAAUUCCGGGUGGAUUUUAUUCGACUGGAAAGCUGACAUUCUCAGAAUCUAGUCUCUACGAAUUCACCGCAGAAGAUCUAGUUGAUCUUGGAGAAAUCGGCCGGGGUGCAUUCGGUACUGUGAACAAGAUGGUCCACCGACAAUCGAACUACGCGAUGGCUGUGAAGAGAAUCCGAUCGACUGUUGAUGAAAGAGAGCAGAAAAAUCUGAUGAGGGAACUGGAAGUGAUCGUCAAGAGCAGUGAUUGCCCCAGCAUUGUGAAAUUUUAUGGUGCAAUUUUUAAAGAGGUUCGAGGCUUGUAUAAUAUUCAUUUUUCGUCUUUUAACGAUGAGUUUUUAUUGAAGGGUGAUUGCUGGAUAUGUAUGGAGUUGAUGCAUACUUCCCUUGAUAAAUUUUACCGUUUUGUUUACGAAGAAUUGAAGGAACGUAUACCGGAAAUUCUUCUUCAGCAAAUAGCAAAAUCGGUGAGUUGGAUGUUCUGGAAUUACUAUGAAACGAUCAUCGCCUUGCAGUAUCUCAGGGACCGAAUCAGCAUGAUCCACAGAGACGUGAAGCCAAGUAACAUAUUGCUUGACCGGCGAGGCGAUAUAAAACUGUGUGAUUUCGGUAUUUGUGGGAAGCUUGUCAAUUCAAUAGCGAAAACUCGAGACGCAGGCUGUGAGCCGUAUAUGGCGCCGGAAAGAAUUGAUCCGCGACAGUUGAGGGAAUACGAUGUCCGAUCAGACGUCUGGUCUCUUGGCAUUACUGUCAUGGAAUUGGCUACUGGAAAGUUUCCGUACCCUAAGUGGAACACAGUUUUCGAACAAGUCGCUCAGGUUGUUGACGGUUGUUCCCCUCGCCUGAAGCCUGAAUAUCCCGCUGGAGAAAUGGGACCGGAUCCAGUGACAUUUUCCACAGAACUGGUUGACUUCGUCAAUUUUUGCCUCACCAAGAAUGUUUCGUGCCGCCCGCGGUACCCUGAGCUGCUGUGCCACGCUUUUGUCGCCCGCAGUAUUGACGCCGAAGAACUUACCCGAGUCGUUUGUGGUGUUCUCGACAGGAUGCCCGAAACGCUGACUACGAAUUGUUACAAGAUUUGA